CCGGCCGAUCCAGGUGAAGCCUGCGGACAGCGAGAGCCGAGGAGGUAGUAGCUGCCUGCGCCAGCCCCCUUCACAAGAUAGAAAACUCUUCGUGGGCAUGCUCAACAAGCAGCAAUCCGAAGACGACGUGCGCCGCCUCUUCGAGGCCUUCGGGAACAUUGAGGAGUGCACUAUCCUGCGCGGACCGGACGGCAACAGCAAGGGGUGCGCCUUUGUGAAGUACUCCUCCCACGCUGAGGCACAAGCCGCCAUCAAUGCUCUACACGGCAGUCAGACCAUGCCUGGAGCCUCCUCCAGCUUGGUGGUCAAGUUUGCAGACACUGACAAGGAGCGUACGAUGCGGCGGAUGCAGCAGAUGGCUGGCCAGAUGGGCAUGUUCAACCCCAUGGCCAUCCCCUUCGGGGCCUACGGUGCCUACGCUCAGGCACUGAUGCAGCAGCAAGCAGCCCUCAUGGCAUCGGUUGCACAAGGAGGCUACCUGAAUCCCAUGGCUGCCUUCGCUGCCGCCCAGAUGCAGCAGAUGGCGGCCCUCAACAUGAACGGCCUGGCAGCCGCACCUAUGACCCCAACCUCAGGUGGCAGCACCCCUCCAGGCAUCACUGCACCAGCUGUGCCUAGCAUCCCAUCCCCUAUUGGGGUGAAUGGCUUCACCGGCCUCCCCCCACAGGCCAAUGGGCAGCCUGCUGCGGAAGCUGUGUUUGCCAAUGGCAUCCACCCAUACCCAGCACAGAGCCCCACCGCAGCGGACCCCCUGCAGCAGGCCUACGCUGGAGUGCAGCAGUACGCAGGACCAGCUGCCUACCCUGCUGCCUAUGGUCAGAUAAGCCAGGCCUUUCCCCAGCCACCGCCAAUGAUUCCCCAGCAACAGAGAGAAGGGCCCGAGGGCUGUAACCUGCUCAUCUACCAUCUGCCCCAGGAGUUUGGGGACGCUGAGCUGAUGCAGAUGUUCCUCCCUUUCGGCCGGCACCCCGUGCCCUCCCGCUGCCAGGCCCCCUCCUGUCAGGGAGGACAGUGUGCAAUAAGCUCCUCCGCCCGCAGGCUUCGUGAGCUUCGACAACCCGGCCAGCGCGCAGACCGCCAUCCAGGCCAUGAACGGCUUUCAGAUAGGCAUGAAGAGGCUCAAGGUGCAGCUGAAGCGGCCCAAAGACGCCAAUCGCCCGUACUGAGCGCCGGCGGGAGCGUCCCCCGGGGGAGACCAGGACUCGCACAGGGCCAGUCAAAUCCACCACAGUCUCGCGCUGAGCUAGGAAUAAAGUUCACGUAAUCACAUGAGAGUGGAGAAAAGUCCCCCAUCCGGCAGGAUGCUGAACGGGCUACAUUAAAAACAAACCUCUUUCUCUCUCUAUUUAUAAAUGAGAACUGUUGGAUGACACCUUUGACAUAUCAGCCAAUACCAAUCAAGCUGAAGACUCCAGACACUCUGUGUGACUGUAACAUUUCUUCAAGGAAAGUAUAGCGUCUAUGGAGUGCAGAGGGCACGUGUUUGGGGAAAAAUACACAUGACAUAAAGAUGACGACGACAAAGAAAAAUGAGAUAAAACAAACAAAAUCCCGCAACUUUGAAACAAAAUAACGCGAGCCCAGAUGAGGAAGCUGAAGGGCUGGGCACUGGAAGAGCCACUGCUGCUGCCAAUCGAUCCUGGGGCUUUUCCAGCCCGUGGGCACCUGAGGCAGGCAGAGCAAGCGUGUCGCGGGGCCUGGUCCCCAGCAGGCGGCUGGGAGGCCGCCACUGAGCAUCUCUAUCUGUCAUUCCUUUAGCUAUUUAGGGACCAAAGGACCAAACUUUUUAUUGCAGAUGUGUAGCUCUGUCUAUUAGAGGUGGAAUGGAGGCCAAACUCCUUCCUGCCUCCUGGCUGUUCUUGAAACAGCUUUAGAGCGAUUCUAUGAAAAAUGUAAUAAAAAAAAAUAAAAAAUAAUAAAAAAAUUUAAAAAUGAACAAAAAAAACAGGAAAAAAUAAUGCUUCAACGCUUUUAAAACAGCAAGAUACUAGUUCUUUGAUACUUUGAGAGGCGCUUUGAUUACCCCCAUUGAAGUCUCUGAAACUUUCCUAUGGUUUUCUGUAUUAUACGUCUGGAUGGAGCUGUUAAGAUAAACCUAUUGGUGGAUAUUUGGGGAAAGCAACAAAGAUAUUAAAUCAUUAUCCAAGAAGAGUGAGAACACGUGGGGAAUCAAGGGACUUCGAAGGCAAGGUAAUUGUUGUGAAAAGUCUGUAAAUGCUUCUAACUUUUCCCCCCUCUUAAAACCAUAAUAGUUGUACAGAAUUUUAAAAGGAAAAGUUUAAAAUACCUAUAUCAUAGAAGAAAAAAAUUAGAGGAAAGCAAAAAAAUAAAAAAUAAAAAAAGGAAAAAAAAACCUUAUAGAAGUUAGCGUUAUGCUAAAAUCCCAGAUGUUGUAGGACUGUACUUCUGUAGAGUUUAGACUGAGCAUCGAUCCCGUCUCCCCGCGAGUGCUGUCGGACUCGGUCCCCAGGGCCCAGACCGGACUGUCCAGACCUGCGGGCUCCAGCCGGAAGCGCCCCUCCGCUAGGAAGCGCCUCUCCGGAAGCGUCCUGCCGCCUCUCGCUUCGCCCGCCCGCCCGGGAGCCGCGCGCGUGCGCGCUCUCCGCCCUCCUCACCUCUGCUUCACUCGCCUUCUGUGCUUGUUCCGGAGACUUUCCAGGUCAGGGAGAACUGGGAACUUUUCAUCUUCAAACAACUAGACAACACACACACACACAAAACCUUAAACAAGAGAGAGAAAAACAAACAAUCUUUGAAGAAUUUCUGAAACUGUUUA